AUGGGAGAUUUUGGGCUAGCGAAGCUGGUAGGUAGAGAAUUCAGCCGCAUCCUGACGACCACAAGAGGAACUCGGGGGUACUUGGCUCCCAAGUGGAUCUCCGGCCUUCCUAUCACUCCCAAGGCUGACGUAUACAGUUUUGGCGUGAAAUUGUUGGAGAUUAUAUCCAGCCGAAGAAAUCUGGAUUUAAAAGUUGAUGAUUGCAGAUUCUACUUUCCUACCUGGGCUUCAUCCCAAGUUCAGAAAGGAAACAUAAUAGAGAUUGCGGAUGCAAGGAUAGUGAGUGAAGCAAACGUCGAAGAGGUGAGAAGAGCCGCUUUGGUGGCUGGGUUGUGCAUUCAAGACGAUGAGAAUCAUAGGCCGAGCAUGAGUGAAGUAGUGAAGAUUUUGGAAGGCACGAUGGAGGCUCCGAUGCCACAAAUUCCGAGAUUUCUACACGUGCUAGUUGAUCAGGUAGACGAUGAGGACAGCGAUAGCUUCUGUAAACUCCCUUCCAUAUCAAGUUCUUCCGUACCCGCAAAAUAG